UUCAAAUCUCGGCAAUCGUCAAGAUAUGUACAAUUUCAUUGACAAACGUCAUAAAGCAAAAAUAAUUUGAAGAAAACAUAUUUUAAGCUCAAUUAUUUAUACAUAUACCUAUCUCUAGUUCCAUUUUAAUAUUUGUAAGGCUGAAAUUUGUUCAAGAUGGUUCGUAGGAAACCCAAAAGAUCGCAAUCUUACGAAAGUUUCAUCAAAAAUGUACAUAAGAAGAAGGAAAAGUGUAUUGGCUACUACACCGAGACAGAUCCUCCUAACACCCCAGCAAGCCUGUCAUUAUUCGACAUUCAACUGUCAUCCUCCUCCAACACGUUAACCGCUGUACCGACAGUCUCUAAAAUAAGAGAAUACUUGGCAGCCAUCCAUGUAGAAGAAAUCGAAGAAGGCUUAGAUAUAGAAGCCGGAGGUGACACUGCAAGAUCGAUCAAAGAAACUUAUUCCAUGAGGAAAUUGGUCUAUCAAAAACUCUACGAUUUUUGCCAAUGUUGGCUGAGAUUGAAGGGUUUGUUCCCACAAACAUACUGCCUCGACAGUAACGAGUCCUUAGUGUCAGAAAAACCACCGGGUUUAGACGAACUCGAUGUCUACGUGAAAGGCUUCAAGCUGAAAAACAUAGAAUCCCUCCAAAAGUUCCUCGCCGAAGAAAAGAAGAUUUUGGACAGGAUAGCAAAGCAGGAGACAGUCAGCACCUCUGUGACUUCAACUCCUGAAGAAAUCGUUACAGAGGAACUAAUCAGCACAGUACCUUCAUCUCAUAUCCCAUUGCCUUCUCCUUUGUAUUACCUUAUGCCAGAAGAAUAUAGUUUACCUUCCUACGAGUUACCCUACGAGAUGCCAGAGGAAGAAUAUGUUGCUCCACCAACUGAGGAGUUCUGGCAUUCGAAUUCAGCAGUGAGGAAGGCACAAGCCUACUUGAGAAGGCACAAAGUGUUUCAAUUCUUCAAUUAUUUAUCGACCAUGAUCCUGAGUGCAGUUCCUGAAAAUCCAAUCGAUUAUAUACUGGCCCUCUUAGAUCGAGUAUUGCUCUAUAGGACCGGAUUAUUAUCCCCACCACUACUGUAUGAGAAGAAACAUAUAGAGCAGCUCUUCCAUUUGAUGGAUCGUUUUGGUCAAGGAUAUGUUGAUAUCAUGCAAUAUAAUACAGCAAUGGAAACCUUUGGAAUAUGUUCCUACAAUAAGAAACCCAUAAUGAAGAAUUCCAGUAUGGUGUCAAAAGAAGUUUUCGUGGAGGAAAUAUUCAGUGCAGAACUGGCAAUGUUCAACGAUUUGAUCAGAAGCAGGGUUACCUGCACUUGUGAUUUGGCUGCACCACCACCAACCAUAAUCGACAUGGAUCUGAGAACACAAUCCACAGUUUCUGUGGAAGAUAGUCUUACAACUAUUCAGUUCAAUCCGGUGGUUUCAGUCAGUAAAUUCUGGGAAAAACAUGGAGAUAAGCAGCCGAAAGCUUUCAAAGGCAAAUUCUGGGCUGAGUUUGUCCGGGAAGCACAAAGAAGAGAUAGUGAAAGGAGAGAAAGCGAACAGAAAGAAGAAACUGAAAUUAAAAACUAGUUACCUAUAUAGAAUGAUUUAUUUUUUGAAUUUUUACUAUAUUUAUAUUCAGUAAAAUAUGAUAUAAUGCC